GCGAAUUCGACAACCACUGGUCAUCCCUAUCAGCUGUGUUGUGUGCUGCUCCCUCAAGCUAGUUUCAUUUUCUCCCCAAAAUUCGAGUUGGUGCCCAAAAUGUCUAAAAGGAAAAGCAGCUCUGUAACUGACAACCCCAGCAAACGGGUCAGACCGCAGGCGGAGGAAGACGAGGAGGAUGAAAAUGAGCUUGAUAGCAGCCAAGAAGAUCCCCUACUCAAUAAACAGUUACAGUGUGCUGGUGAGGUGGUGAGUGACGCAGGGAUCGUGGAGAGCAUCACACUGAAGAACUUCAUGUGCCACUCUAACCUCGGCCCCUUCACUUUCGGCUCCAAUGUCAACUUUGUUGUUGGCAACAAUGGAAGUGGAAAGAGCGCCGUUCUGACAGCUCUCAUAGUCGCCCUAGGAGGGAACGCACAGGCCACAAACAGAGGAUCAUCUCUCAAGGGUUUUGUAAAGGAAGGGGAAAGCUCAGCAGACGUGUCGAUCACACUGCGUAACAAAGGAAGAGAUGCUUACAAAAAUGAGGUUUACGGCCCAGCCAUCACUGUAGACCUGAGAAUAACACGUGAUGGGUUGAGGACCUAUAAACUGAGGAGCAAAUCAGGUCAUGUUGUCUCAACUAAAAAGGAAGAGCUGUUGUCCAUCCUGGACAAUUUUAACAUACAGGUCAACAAUCCUGUAUCAGUUCUCACUCAGGAGAUGAGCAAAUACUUCCUACACUCUAAAGGAGAAGGAGACAAAUACAGGUUUUUUAUGAAAGCUACCCAACUGGAGCAGAUGAGAGAUGACUUCAUUUACAUCAAAACCACUAAGAAUUCCACAAUGGAUAAAGUUGAGCAACAUAGUGAAUGCUUGAAAGACUUGAAGCGGAAGUACCUGGAGAAAGAGGACCGUUACAAGAGUCUGGCAUCACUUGAUGAAAUGCAUGCCAAGCUGGAGGAGCUGCAGAGGCAAAUGGCUUGGGCUUUGGUGAGUGAGAUGGAGAAGGGGUUGGAGCCGAUGAAAGAGAAGCUGCAGUCAGACAAACACUCUACAGAGAAAUAUGAUGAGAAGGUGGAUGAAUGGAAGAAUAAGGUCGAGGAGGCUGAGAGGAAAUACAGGCAGAUCCAGGACCAGUUGGAGGGGAUCACACAGCAAGUCCACGAGCUCCAGCCCAAAUGUGCCGAGCUCAAAGCCGAGGCCCAGAGACAAAAUACCCGUCUCAAGUCAAGCGAGGUCACUGUCCACAGAUGCAAGGCUAACCUCAGAGACCUGGAAAAGGACAAGGUUCAGCUGUCCUUAAGGAUAAAAGAUCUGAAGCAGAGCAUUAGUCAGACAUCAGGAGCGGAGAGCCAGGCCAGGACAGAGCGUAUGGAGCAGAUCCGGGCUGAGCUGGAAAAUAUAACACACCAUAUCUCAACUCUGAACCAGCAGAUUGACCAAUAUGAACAUGUUUGCACCCGUCUUAAAGAAGAACAAGGAAGGAUGAGGAGAGAACGGGAAGUGCUCCAGAGGUCCAUUGAUGCCAACAGAAAGAACCUGCAGACUAUGGAGAGCAGUCGGUCCAAUCGCCUACGGCGUUUUGGAGAGCACAUGCCCGCACUCCUCAACGCCAUCCAGGAAGCUCACAGAAACGGCCAGUUGAAGCACAAACCUCGAGGACCUCUGGGUUACCUUAUUAGCCUGAGGGACUCUGAGCUGGCCCUGGCUGUGGAAGUGUGUCUCAAAAAUCUGCUGCAGGCCUUCACUUGUGAUAACCACGGGGAUGAGAGGGUGCUGCAAGGCCUAAUGGCCAGAGUGUUCACAUCUGGCCGUAGACCUGCUAUCAUUACCAGCCAGUUUCUCCCACAUGUCCAUGAUACAAGACCCAGGGCCGUGAAUCACCCCGAUUACCCCUCCGUGCUUCAAGCUCUAGAAAUUGAGGACCCGGUUGUGGCCAACUGCCUGAUUGACCAAAGGGGUAUAGAGAGCAUCCUUCUCAUUAAGAAUCGAACAGAGGCUCGGAGAGUGAUGCAUGGAAGAAACCCUCCUCAGAACUGUACCCAGGCUUUUUCCAAAGACGGUGAUCAGAUCCUUAAGCACGGCACUUACACAGCAGACCAGACCAGAGCCAACUACCUCUCAGGAGAUGUUGAGGAGGAGAUCAGACACUUGCAGAGGGAGAUAGAGAACCAGAGGGCUCAGGAAACUCGCUUCCAGCAACAGAUGAACAGGUUAGAUGAAGACCUCAAACAGAACGAAGGGCUGCGGAGAAGAAACCACGUAGAGCAGAAGACAGCCAAAGACAAGGCUACAAAGCUACAGCUGGAGCUGACAGACCUUCAGAAUACAGAAGAGCCUCAGUCAGAGGACCUCAGUCCCCUGGAGGAAGAACUGCAGGAGAUUGUUGCCAAGAUCUCGUCCAAGCGUGCCGAGUACGAGCAGGCGCGAACUCAGAUGGCUGAGCUGAAGGCCUCCUAUGAGAAGGCAGAGCAGGAGUACAAGCAGCACAAAGAGCAGAUCAAUGUGGUCGCUGAGGAGGCCGACUCAGUGAAGGAGGAGCUGAGUAAGAUCGACCAGGAGGUGAUGAAGUGCAAGCAUCACAAGAAACACUAUGACGAAAAACGCAGUGGCCAUCUUCGCAACAUACAGACCCUCGAAGCCAGUGUGGAGAGCAAAAAGCAGGAACUUCAGACUUCUGUAGCCAAGGCCACGGAAAUCUGUCCAGAGCGCCUGGAAGUACGACGGCCAGCCAGAAGUCUGGACAGUGAGAUCAGCCGUCUCAAGGUGAAGAUCUCGACCCAGCAGGAACAACAGGGAGACCGUGAGGAGGUUGUCAGGCAAUAUCACGAGGCUCUGGAGAGCUACAAGAACAUGGCACAGCAAAUGAAGCACCUCAACAGCUUCAUCAAAUGUCUCGAUAGUGUGAUGGCCCAAAGACUCCAGGCUUACGCUGAACUCAGGAGGUUUCUCUCAGCCCGCUGUAAAUACUACUUUGACAGCAUGUUGGCCCAGAGAGGCUACACUGGAAGUAUGACCUUUGACCACAAGAAUGAAACCCUCUCCAUCUCAGUGCAGCCAGGCCAGGGAAACAAGGCGGACUUGAGUGACAUGCGCUCUCUCUCUGGUGGCGAGCGCUCCUUCUCCACUGUUUGCUUUGUUCUCUCUCUUUGGGCCAUCACAGAGGCGCCUUUCCGCUGCCUUGACGAAUUUGAUGUUUACAUGGACAUGGUGAACAGGAGGAUAUCAAUGGACAUGAUGCUGAAGGUGGCUGCUGGUCAGCGCUACAGACAGUUCAUCUUCCUCACCCCACAGAGCAUGGGCUCUCUUCCUGUAAGUAAAAUCAUCCGCAUCCUCCGUCUCAAAGAUCCAGACCGUGGCAACAAUUCAAAAGGAGAUCAAGACGAGGAGGAGUAGUAUUUCUAGCUGGUCAUUUAACGUCAAAAGAGGUAACAAGACAACUAUCAGCCAGUGCUAAGACCCUCUAUUAUGCGGUUUAAUACUUAUUCCCGUCUUCUGGGGACAGUUGUUCUGUUAAAGAAGUGCAGACGCGUUAUUCUUUACUCAUCAAGUGCGUCUGUUUGAAGUUCUGGUAAGUCGGCAGGAUGUGCAUUUUUUUGUUGUAUAACACUGUAUAAGUAAUUUUUUAAAUAUAGUUGUACUGGGGAACAAUUAUUUUUAUAUCAUGUGCCAUAAACUGUUAAAUGGCUCAAAAACAGGCGUAUUGAAGGAAUUGAAGGAAUUGUAAAAAUAUUUAAUAUUCAUUAAAUCAAACAAAUUAAAAUACGAAUGCAGUAUCGGUGGUUUUUAAUAGAUGAAAGAAUAUUUAAGCCAGGACACUGUCAGGUUUCAAAGUCCACCAUUUGGAAUUUUGUGCGUUUUUCGUGUAUUUUGCCAACCUUUACAAACUCCCCCAAGACGGUUUAUCGGAUUUAUUUAGUACAUAAAGUUGAAUGCCCCUCCCGUAAGCCAAAAUACAAAACAUAAUUCCCUCCCCAGUGCUUAAAAAUGAUUUUUAGCACUUUCCCCAUCACACACCACCCUCUCCACUCUCAUAAAUUGAGAACAGUCCCUUAAGCUCCUACAUCUUGCUGUUUCCCUCAGCUCAUUAUUCACUGCAUAAAU